GAGAGUGUGUAUCACUUGAUGUCGGACGAAAAUGACGAAAAAUGUGAGAUUAUUAAUAUGAAUUAAACAAUGAACGACUUCUAACGAGAAAGGAUUCGCCUCUCUUCAUUAGCGGGAAGAGUGGUGAAAGGCGGGAGAAGGAAGACAUUUCCCGGGCUUUUUAUUAACCGCCAUUUUAUCGUUAAUAAUAUCGUAGCUGAACGAGAACAACUUGCCACCCUUCAUUUAGCAACUGUUAGAUUUAAACUCGAAAGCUUGUUGUCAUUCCUUGAAAGUUUGAUAUGUGAGAUGAGACUUGAUGGGAAGCGAGAUGGCAGAUUAUAAUAAUGCUGCAAAAUUUGAAGGUUGCUGAACUGAAACGUAUGUGACUUUGCAAGAAGAGAUUUGUCUUCUGUGGCCGUAUUCCUUAGAAAAAAGGAUCCCUUGAAUAGGACAAGUUUGCUACUUUUCAUCAAACACUUGUUAGAUUCAAGCUUGAAGACCUACUAUGACAUUAUUCUUCAAAAGUUUGAUACAUGAUAAUGGCAAAAAUAAAGGAAAUGAAUUAUAUGUCAUCAAUUCUGGAAAUAAAUAUUUGCAAAAAGCAUAACAUUGAGGGAUCAGGCAGCUUCGAGGGAUCAGGUAGCAUUGAGAGACCAGACAACAUUAAGGAAUCAGGUAGCAUCGAGGGAGCAGGUAACAUCGAGGGAUCAGAAGAUGAGCAUGAGAGAUUGAGUAGCAGCUAACAGAUGCAAUUAACAGAUCAUCAGAACGAGUGACAGGAGAAUUAUCAAUGAAAAGGCCCAUCGAGCGACCGACGACACGGUGACGCGGCGCGUUUGCUGGUGCGUGCUCCUGACGGACGCGGACACGGUCGAUUUAAUUAAACGCAAUUGGGGAGGCGCAGAGGGAGACGAGAAGGAUGACGACAGAGAAACGACGAUGGCGAGGACGAUGAUGCAGACAACGACAUCGCCGCCGGCGACGACGACAGCAGCGGCGGCAGCAGCAGCAGCAACAGCAGCAGCACCGUGUCGGAUUUGCCGGAAACGUCGAUGCCGAUAACGGGAGAUCCAGAAGUCACGGUCGUUCUUUAAGAUGUCAAGAAGCAGCGGAUCUCGUCUCGUCGUCGCAACCGAGCCAGGCUACGUUCGCCGCUUCGAGUUGAACGAUUCCGCGCGGCAAGAAGUCGGCCUGGAUCAUCAUGGAUUGGACCCGGGGGAUCGGCCUGACCGGCGUGCUGUUGUUCUGCUUCGGCUGGAUCGGAGAAACAAACGGCCUGAGGAUGCUGGAGCUGAUGGUGCCGAAGUACGUGGUACGCGGAGAAACUAUAGAUCUCCAGUGCAACUUUAAUCUGGACGGCGAGAAGUUGUAUUCGGUCAAGUGGUACAAAGACGGCAACGAGUUCUACCGAUACGUACCGCAAGAAAUGCCACCUGUUAUGGUGUUCAACCAUCCCGGCGUCACGGCGAUCGUUCACAAUUCUACCGAACGACUGGUCGUUCUUCAUUCCGUGAACCUCAUGAGCUCGGGACGCUACAGAUGCGAGGUUUCGGCAGAGGCGCCGUCUUUUCAAACUGUUUCCGACCACUCGGAUAUGAUGGUAGUCGCUCUGCCGGAUAAAGGACCCAACAUCACGCCGUUUUUGCCGAAGAAACGUCGCUAUCAGCUCGGCGAUGUCUUGCGAUUCAAUUGCACCUCGUUGAACUCAAAGCCACAUGCCUCACUCAGCUGGUACAUCAACAGUGAACGCGUCGAAACGCAGUUCUUGAAGGGGCCCUACAUCACUAAGGACCAGGAGGGUCUGGAGACCACCACACUCAGUCUGGAGUUCCGUCUGCGUUCGAAGCACUUCAAGAAGGGAGACUUGAAGAUCAAAUGCGUGGCGACGAUACUGACUUUAUAUUGGAAAUCGAAUGAGCUCAGCAUAGAGGGUGAGAAACAAGGGCCCCUGAAGAUGCCGGUAUUGGAGAGCAGGGGGACAAGGGCGCAAGGGCACACGCAUGCCGAGCAUAUACUAGCGAGCGGCAGUAUAACGUUAGGACCAUGCGUCGUGCUGGUGAUCAUUGGAUUACUGCUGCGGUAAGGAUCGGGCACACCACUCGUCCUUCGUGCUCAUCCCGUAGGCCUGUGGAAGCCAUCCUCGUGUGACAAGAUUACGUAAUAAAUUACCCGUGUUGUUUAUAUUUUUUAUAAUUGCAAUUAGUGGAAUUAGAAAACCACGUAAUCGUAGGCAGACACUAUCGGUACGUUAGAUAUUACUCGAAUGUGAGGAGAGAUUUCGUUGUAAAGGAACAAGGGGUUUCUUUUUUCAAGGCGAUAAAAAGUCUUCAUCGGACAGUUGCGGCAAUUUGAUCGUUUUAUUUUCGCCCUAAAGAAAUUACAUCUUUCGCGUAGAACAGUACGACGAGCGGCGGCGCAUCUUCUCGUGUAUGUUCGUCGGAAGAAUGUGUACGAGCGACAACCUGUGUCGUUUAUCGUGAAAAUUCGGUGUCGCGACUUUUUACAUCGCUUGCGGCGACUCAUGCGUAAAGUGUAUAAAUCGAUUUCUUCGGAUACGUGCACACACACACACACACACACAUACGCGUGCGCGCAUCACUUCAUCUGCAUAUCCGUUGUGUGGCUAGCGCAAUAUCUGCCGGGCAAACCGAGAACGUGGCGAAUCCCGCAUUUUAUCGAAUUUUCAUUAGCCGCUCUAUGCCUGAUUUGCGAUAGUAAUGAUAGAGUAGAAACUUUAUUCGACUGUAAAGCAAUAUAAUUAACAUUUUAAAUAUAGAAAAUUCCCUGCAGAUUUCCGAACUCGAUACGCAAUAUAUGAUGUAAAAAUAUUUCCAUCGUUAUUUUCGAGUUGAAAGUUGAUAUUUGCGAUUGAAUAUUUAUUAAAGAGAUUUUAAAAUAUCGAAAAAAAUAUCUAAAACGCGUUGUGUAUUAAUCAAUAAGAUUAAUUAUCGGUUAUGCUGCGCUCGACGUUGCGAAUGGCAGAUAUUUAGUUAAGAAAACGAGGGCGACGCGCACGACGCCGUACUUACACGCCGCGUGUGGCCGUAAAUCAAUAAAAUAAACACGAAUCGAGAAUCUAGUGCAUACAACCAAGAAGCGGCAGCGAUGCAGCAGCAUGCAACAAAACAAAUCGUCGUUUCUGUUCGCCGUCAUCCGUAGCCCUUAAUGAUCUAGUCGCUAUUAAUCGUGCGUUAACAAGAUAAUGUCCUAGGAAUAAUUGUACGACGUGUGUGACUGUAGGCGUGCGUUUACCAAAGAUUUUUGAACUUUUCACGCUAAGCAUUCCUAAUUGUUAAUUAAUCACGGUGGCACGGUGUGUAGAGGAAUUUUUCGUAAGUAAAACUGCCCCACUCUUUAUCUAUGGUAGCUUUUAAGGGCAUACUCUGUACAUAUGUAUAUAUGAUAUAUAUAUAAAAUUGCCAGAAGGUAUACUUUUCUUUAAUUUAAUGAUUCCGAAAUAAAACACUGUAAUAUCAACUUACGGAAAAAAAAUAAUAUCGUUGAAUUCUAAUCUGCGGAAGUAUUUUCUUUAGCGUAUCGCGUGAAUCUCUCUCGAAAUGUGUUGUACAUCGAUCUAAUAAAACUAUAAUGAAAGACAACGUAA